GAAUUAAGAUAGCCUGGUCGGGGAACACGAUCUGCUCCAUUUAGACGAACAGUUCUUGGCGAAACGAAAUUGUGAAAUAAUAAAAUAUCUGUCGCGUCAGGAGAGAACUAUGAGUUGAUCGACGGCCAGUGAAGGGUGAAACGAGCUUUUUACAACCGGCCGCAAGUUACAAAGCUAUCUAAAUCAAAAUGGGAAUGUUCUCCGUGCGUGAAAAGCAACAAGUAUGCCAGCUGUUCUUCGUCCAAGUCGUCCUAAUCGUCCUAAUGGGCGCGUUGAUGACGUACGGACCCGAGGCGGACGCUAAUUCGCUAAAAAAUCACGGACAGACAGGCGACCACGGCCGGAAGCACGUCAAGAAACCGGAUACGGACCCGUUACGAGUUUAUCCGAUGUAUCAAGAUGUCCACGUGAUGAUCUGGAUCGGAUUCGGCUUCCUGAUGACGUUUCUACGAAGGUACGGACAAAGCGCGAUAGGACUGACGUUCCUACUCGGCGCUAUUUUGAUCCAGGUUGCCAUGGUCUGCGAGGGAAUGACGAAUUUCAAGAUACACACCGCGUCUCACUUGUCGUUAAAAAGCCUGCUGAACGCGGACGUUGCGGUGGCCACGCCGUUGAUAUCCAUGGGUGCUUUGCUGGGUAAGACGACCUACAUGCAGCUCGUGUUCAUGGGCAUUCUCGAGCUGAUCAUGUUCACCGUGAACAAGUACGUGGGAGAGCAUCUGCUCAUGGCCGUCGAUGCAGGCGAUAGCAUGUUCGUCCAUGUGUUCGGAGCGUAUUUUGGACUUGCCGUCAGUUUCGUAUUUGGAAUGAUACACAAGCCUAAGGAACAUAAUCUCGAGGGAGCAUCCUACAACUCUGACAUUUUCGCCAUGAUUGGCACCGUGUUCCUGUGGUUGUUCUGGCCAUCGUUCAACAGCGCCGCUCUGCAAGGAGACGAUCAGCAAAGGGCCAUUAUAAACACUCUUCUGUCCAUCUCGUCCAGCUGUGUGAUCGCGUUCGCGACCUCCGCCCUGGUCUCCGAGAAUAGCAAAUUCAACAUGGUGCACGUGCAGAAUUCGACGUUGGCCGGCGGUGUAGCCAUCGGCACCGCAGCAGGCAUGAUGUGCCAACCGGUGGGUGCUUUGAUCGUGGGUGGUCUGGCUGGAGUACUCAGCGUUUUAGGAUACAAAUAUCUCACGCCGCUGAUCCAAAAACGUCUGAGGAUUCAUGACACGUGCGGCGUGCACAAUCUCCACGGCAUGCCCGGCGUUUUAGGUGGUAUCUUUGGCGCACUGAUGGCAGGCAUCGCCACUGAAGCCUCUUACGAUUAUUCCCUUUACGAGAUCUUUCCCGCGCGAGCACCAAACUCCGAAGCAAAUUUGGCCGAGAUGAGAGACAAUUAUGGUAUAUCAGCUGGCUUUAACAGAACAGCCGGGGGACAGGCUGGCUAUCAAUUAUUAGUACUACUAAUUACAAUGGGAAUCGCCAUCGUUUCAGGAUUAGUAACAGGUUUAAUGAUGCAAAUACCGAUCUUCGGUUCGAUUUCCGAGAAGCAAAAGUUCGACGAUAAAGUCUAUUGGGAAUUGGAAGAGGAAGCCUCGCAGGAGUCGAAAAUCAAGAAUGGCGGUGAUCCAUUACCGAUGGCCCAUAUCUGAGACGAGUCCUUGUUAUCAACAACAGCAAAAGUAUUACGCUUGCACCUGAACGCAAAUAAAUGACAAAAAUAGAACCCUGAACUUAGGAAAACUUGUAAAAUUUAUUAAACAAUUUGUUAAACAUUACAUACACGACACAUCUUCACCGGUGCAACAAUAUUCUUGCAAGAGGAACAGUCAAUUUAUAUGCUACGUAUUCAACAAGUGGCAGAAAAGUGAAAAAUCAAUAUUACAGACAUAGCAUACAAAAUAAAAUAAUUGUUGAAAAAAAAACGAAGCAUACGAAGAAUGUAUGACAUUCCAUCUUCUUGUUUUAAUCGCAUUAUUUAUAGUUCUUAGAAAACACUAUAAAUUUAUAUCAUAAAUCUUUUAUAACGAAUUCGAGCGAUUCUAAGAAUAGCAGUAUUUACCGAAUCGUUUAAACGCUAGCGUAUUAAAAAAUUUAUCAUGAGAGCAAUAUAAAUCGAUGAAAGAUAAUCAAAAAUAAUACAUAUGUAUUUAAACACGAUAAUAUAUUAUUCUCGCUAAACUU